GGCGCGGAGGGAUAUUAGCGGGACUACACCCAGAGUCUCCAUUCAGCCGGGACUCUUUACUGCUCAAACCCUCAUUAGAGAAGGGGGCGUGCGGGACAUCCAGAUUCACGGUAACCGCGCGAUACUGUCAGUCCCGUCUUCUUAAGGCUAGCUCGUGAGCGUCUGAAACUAGAGGGCAAACAUGUCGUGGCAGGGCUACGUGGACAACCUGAUGGCGGAUGGCGUCUGCCAGGACUCCGCCAUUGUUGGGUGCAACUCGGACUCUAAAUACGUGUGGGCAGCGCAGGAGGGGGGCACAUUCAUAAACAUCACGCCCACAGAAAUCGAUGUCCUAGUAGGAAAAGACCGACAAAGUUUCUUCACCAACGGCCUGACCUUAGGUUCAAAGAAGUGCUCAGUUAUCCGAGACAGCCUCCUAGUCGACAAUGAUUGGACAAUGGACAUAAGGACGAAGAGUCAAGGAGGAGAGCCCACGUACAACAUCACUGUCGGCAAAGCAGCCAAAGCAUUGGUUAUUGUCAUGGGCAAGGAAGGCACCCAUGGAGGGCUGCUCAACAAGAAAGCAUAUACCAUGGCUGAAUACCUGAGGAAAUCUGGAUAUUAAGACCCCUCCAAUCCUAGCGGCUCAUUCUGCUAACUCUUCUAGAUGGCUUCAUCUUCCAUUGGUUUUCAACUUUACUUCUAUUUGUGCUACCCAAACCCCAUUUCUUUCCCAUUAAGCUCCAUUUUUUUUUUUAUUGAGUUCAUUCCCUUUUUGGCACUACGAUCCCAUGGCGCUUCACACCAAAAAUUGGCUUUUUUGGGAGUUUGGUUGAUUAACCAAGGGCUUGAACUCAACUCAAAUUCCCAUUCCUAGAUCAAGUCUGGGAACGGUUGUCUGUAUGCAUAUCUUCAGACCUACUGAAUGAACCCUAGUUAGGUUGGAUGACAAAUUUAGCAUUUUUGUCAAAUUAAAAAUGGCAUCUGCUCUAACAAAUAUCCGUUUUGUCAUUUUUCCUUAAACUGAAGUUUGUCACCAUUGGCGCAUCAACACUAAUCUGUAAACUCAACACUAUCGAUUGAUUUUUUUUUUUUCUCAAGUUGAGGACCGUAGUUGGCUUUAAGGUUUUUUUUUUUUUUUUUUGAGCUGCAGGUAACAUUUUCCCCCCACAAUUAAAUGUUUCUUGACAUUCCGUCAUCGCACUUAUUUUGCUAGCUUAUGUAAUGUAUAAUUAAUUGGGUAUCAGCAGUCUAGGGUUUCUCUUCAGUCUGACCAAUUUUAAUCAAAUGCUUACCAACACAACACUAGCGCCUGAUCGCACACUUCGUCAACACUUAUAUCGAAUUGAACCCAUACUGUCAUGACUGUGGAAUAAAUUGCCUUCGAGUCGCCAGCGAUACAACUGUCUGUCAAAACUUGAUGUUUCAUCAAGUCCAAAUAUUCAAGUGUGACACUAAAAUCAUAAUGUGUAUCCUGUGCCAUAAUGUAGAGAAUCUGUUGUUAUCGAUUCAAACGGCUUCCCAAAUGAUUGUCGCUGCUUUGUUCAGGGGUUUUUAGUAUCUGCCUAAGCUUUGGCCUUGUGGGUGAUCUGUACAGGUGACUCUAGUUCAUUUAGUUCCCCCCCCCCCCCCCCCCUGUACUUUUUCAUAUAUCUUGGAUCUAGUCUGAUUUCUUAUGCAUAAAAACUGAGAAAUGCCAUAAGUUAAUUUCACCACCUUGUUUACAGACAGAUAAAAUAAAUAUAUUCCAACCCA